CUGAGAAACUGGGAGAAACAGAAUGGAGGACGGAGUGUAACCUGUGCGGAGGUGAAGAGGUGACUUGACUCUUUUUGUGUUCUCGCGGUGUUUCGCACCGAAAUCAGAAAUCACAGGUUGAGUUGAGCUGUUGACAGCGUAUGGGCCUUCCGUUUACGCACACAAACAGACACGCACACACACACCACAGUAGAGCACAUUAUUCAUGUGUGUCUCGCGUUUGGGGACACUUUGUUUUCUUCACAUUGGAAGUUUCUACUGUUUUUAUUUCGUCAGAUGUUACUGGACAUUUCCUAUUUUACGCUACGUGUUUCUCCAAUUUUUCCCUUUUUUCUUUCUAUAUUCAAUGUUUUUGUUGUUGUUUUUUUCUCUUACAAAGGAGGAUUUCACAGUUCUUUUUACAACUGGAUACACUGGAUUUUUUUUCUAACUAAUUCCUGUUAAUUUCAUCUGUGAGCUUCUGCUUGCUGAUUUUUAAACUUCAUUCAGCCCUUCGUGCCUCCAGUCUGCAUGGACAACAUGAACUCUUUUGUGGAAUACUCCAUUUGUAACCGACCGGGUACCGGCGCUUAUUCUGCGCCUAAAUCUGGAUACCAUCACCAUCAUUUGCAUCACCAUCCUCUGGAUCAGCAUCAGGGCUUCCCGGUGACCUCCGGGUCCUUCCAUGCCGGACCCACCGGCUCUCCAGCUCCCGUUAACGGCACGAGAAGUGACAGCAGCAGCGCCGGGGGAGCGAGUUACACCGGGGAUGGGCGGCUGUACGGCUCUGGGACCACGGGGGCGACCCAGCACCCACAGCAACAUCAUCAUCAUGAACAACAACAGCACCAGCAGACGCACAACGCAUACCAUCAUCAUCCUCACCUUCACCAAACCCAAAGCUUACAAAGCGGAACACUGUCUCCCUAUAAUACCGGCAGCACCGGGGCCUAUGGGGGUCAGGCCUGCGCCACAAACUCGGAGUAUGCUAACGUGAUAGGCCAUCAACCGCAGUACUUCAUGGAGGAGUCUGUGGCCUCCACCUACUAUCAUCAAUCAACCUUCUCCAGCUCGGCCCCCACCGUCGGCCCCAGCUACGGGGCCCUAGCCGGGGCCUACUGCGGGCCUCAGGGCGCACUGGCCGGGUCCCAGUACCCGCAGCAGCUCGGUGCGGGUCUGGACGCAGCGGGCUUCCUGGGACUUCAACACGGCGGAGGGUACGGAGAACUACCGGUCUCCCAGGACCGAGAGAAGGGGGAUGAGGAGGGCCAGCAGGCCGGGCAGGGGCAGACCUUUGACUGGAUGAAGGUGAAGAGGAACCCACCUAAAACAGUCAAAGUGUCGGACUUCGGCCUCGCGGGGGGCGCGCACAACAACGCCAUGCGCACCAACUUCAGCACGCGGCAGCUGACGGAGCUCGAGAAGGAGUUCCACUUCAGCAAGUACCUGACGAGGGCGCGGCGCGUGGAGAUCGCCGCCACGCUCGAGCUCAACGAGACUCAGGUGAAGAUCUGGUUCCAGAACAGGCGCAUGAAGCAGAAGAAGCGCGAGCGGGAGGGCGCCUCCGCCACGGCGCGCUCCUCCUCCGGUACCGACGGCGGAUUUAACAAGGACCUGGAGGACACCGAUCAUUCCUCGUCCACGUCUCCGGGCGCGUCCCCGAGCUCGGAGACGUAG